UAUCCCGAAGCCAUGGGAGCCUUUUACAAGGCAGGGGCUAAGACUUUCAUUAAUACUCUGGCGGUGUUGGUCAAACAAAAAUUGUUUACAAGUCCAACGUGCGAAAAAGAGUUUGUCGAUGUUAAUUGUCAGAUGAUGCGUGGUAGUAUAUGUUCUACAGAUAUGUCAUUACGUUUGUUCGCCAUCAGCCAACAGGAUUGUACUGCUACUUACACAAAAUGGUGAGUGACUUGUAUAGGGAAAAAGCCCCUUCCCGUCCUUGAACUUGGAAAACAAAUGAUCAAGGCCUUGAAAGUCCUUGAAUUUGGAAAAAAAAAAUGCUUGAAAAGACCUUGAAUUCUUCUUGGCAGUUUUUUCUUUACUUAGUUUUUGAUUAUUUUCUGAAAUUUUGUGACAUUAGAAAACGCACAGACGCAGUACUGAUUUUAUUGAAUUGAUUUUGUUCAUGUCUUACAAGCCUGUUUAAAAUUCAUCAAAGUUGCAAUUUAAACUAUUUUGAAUUAACAGUUUAUUAUAAACACCAUGUAUAUGACUUUUACUGAUUUCUCAUGCCUUUUCGACCAGUGCAAGCAUAUUUUUAUUUCUUGUAAUAGCCUCAUAAUGUUGAAAAUAGCAUUUUACCAACACUAACAUUUUUCCGGGGGAGCAUUGCUCGCGGGCCCUUAAAACCGCCAACUAUACGCAAGCUAUUGAAUUUCCGUUCCAUACAUCUCCACUUUGGUGACGGAUAGAGUAUACUUAUGAGAAGUCACUUUGCGACAUCAGGUCACCCUUGUCCUUGAUGGCAUGUCUGAACGAUGGUGGUUUUGACUAUAAUGUGCUCCGAAAAAAUUAGAUUCAUUUACAUCAACGAGAAAAACGAAUAGACCUGAUAACUCUAUCCUCCGCAGAGGCUUACAUGUUUUUCAUCACUCCCCGUGCGCUCACCUUUAUUCAGAGAUAACUUCUUGUUAAAGUUAAAACUUCUUGGAAAAGUUAUUUGUAUAUAUUAUGUGGCUGGUGUUGCAGUAGUCGCGUGUAAACUAACAAACGUCAUAUUUGGUGUCUUAUAUUCUUUCGGCUGUCUCAUAAGAUGGCAAUCAUGUAUUCUUAUCUGGUGUUAAUGAGAAUUAUGAUGAAAAAUUAUUAACUAUUUUUUAGUAUAUCAAGCAGAAUUCCUGAAGUUCAAAACUACUUCCUGGAAUCGUGCAAGUUAUUUCCGGAUGCCAAGACUGCCGAAAGAGUUCCCCUUCCCUCUGUUGCUUUUAGCAAUGCAAUUUACAAUUAA